AUGGCGAAACCUCUGAGUCUCCGAGAUCUCUGCAAGGAGUUGCGCAAGUGCUUCGACCAGUCAGCGGAAGGCGUUGAUAUGGAUGCAGAACGAGAAUCCCAGACUCAACCAGGUUCGGCGMACACCAGUCGUGAAGAGUCCCGAGAGUUGAAGACAGAUAAGUGCAGGACAGACACACCACUUGAUCUGGCCUACGCUACCCUUGGGAGGCUUAAUACCGAGCCAGAUGAUUCCCAGAAGAGUGGGGUCGAAAAAUGGAAUCAUUGGAACAAUAAACACGGUGGGCUGGAGGUAAAGGGUUGGACUGUGGGUGACAUGGUCAAUUUGGCAUCCAUCAUGAGCAGCAUCUUCUUUCUUGAUGAAUUCCGAUGGCCGGUCACCUUCGAGUGGAAGCCGAAGAACUACAUCCAGGGUACGAAGUACCUCUAUUAUGGAACUGCUCAACAUCGCCGAAGCGGCGAAAUUCACAUCUGCGUUGACCCGAACUGUCACAACGAGGUGAAAAAGCUGGACAGCCACAAAACCGCCAUCAUUUCGACCUUUUUGCAUGAGCUUACUCACGCUUAUCUCUUCUCAUUCUGCUGCAAUGGAGGGACUCAUCAUGGUGAUACAGACGGGCCAUGUCGCAGAGAUGGUCAGAUCGUUUGGCCAAUGGAUAAAGGCGGCAAUGGGCACUGCAUGGGAUGGUUCCUGAUUGCGUGCCAGAUCGAUGUUCUCGUGAUGAAAUUGAUUGGUAUCAACGGCCAUCUUUUCAGCUUCCGGUCUCUGAUCUCUCACUGCAAAGGCAGAGAAAAGGUCUCGGCAGGCGAUUGGCGGCUGUUUUUCUCGUCAUUCGAUUCGACGGAGGUCAAUAAGCUGUAUGAGAACCUCCACGACAACGAGAAAUUACAUGAAAAGACCAAUUUUUUGGACAUGCUCAAGAGAGACAGGGCAGUUAUGCAGGUUUGGGCGGAAUGGGGCGAGAAGUCUUUGUAG